AUGUCCCAAAGUUCAUGCCGGAAGUCACCCGAUACUACUUCCUCUGCUGCAAUCAGCACCUCAUCUGCACCAACAUCUACCAGUUCCACCAGAACCAAUAUGUCGAAGCAAUCAACCAAAGAUGAUCGAAUCUUAGCUCUCCAAGAAGAAAUUCAAAAUCUGAAAGCUGGAUUAGGUGAAUACGAUCCCAACGUCAUCAUCCAGAAUCACAUCAGACUCUUACAUACCUAUAACGAAGUGAAAGAUGGUACUCAAUCGUUAAUAGGUAAAUACGCUCAAAUCACCGGGAAAACGAUUAGAGAAGCUCAUGUAGAGAUGGGUUUACCUCUCACCGAUUGA